AUGUGCGAUACCGUGCUCAAGAACGGCGACAUAGUCGUCGCAGCAGCCCGCCGUACCCACAUGCUCGACGACCUCGUAGCCCAGUACUCAACCGCCCGCGUCCUUGUUGUUAAAACAGACGUCGUCCAGCCUCAAAGCGUCUCCCAGACGUUCGCCCGAGCGAAGGACGCGUUCGGCCGCAUCGACGUCGUCUUCAACAACGCCGGGUACACGCACCUGGGAGAGGUUGAGAGCGUUCAAGACGUCGAUGCGCGCGCGUUGUUCGAUACGAAUUUCUGGGGCGCGGUCAGUGUCACCCGCGAAGCUGUCAAGUUCUUUCGCGAGUCCGACCCCCCUGGCGCUGGCGGCCGUCUCCUACAGAUGACGUCCAUGUAUGGGAUUGCGGGCGUGCCCUGCUCGGCUUUCUAUUCCGCUUCGAAGCACGGUAAGCAGCAUAAUAUCAGUAUCGCGGGAGGCACGUCUGAUGCUGAAUGGACGACACUAUCAAAGCUCUGGAAGGAUUUACGAAGAGUAUCGUCCAAGAGCUCGACCCGGCUUGGAACAUCAAGGCGAGGUCGUCUCUCAUCUGACGUGACGCACGGCGCUCAAAGUGGGCUCGCUCAGAUCACGCUGCUGGAGCCGGGCGUCUUUCAGACCGAGCUUACGUCCAAUUCGUUGAAGUGGACGCCACCGCACCCCGCAUAUCUCACAUCUCCGCUAACGAGCGCCACGCGGGAGGGCUGGGACGGGCGAGUCUACCCGGGGAACACGACAAAGGCCGUGGAUGCAUUCUAUCGAGUAACGGCGCUCCCGGAACCGCCGCUGCAUUUCAUCCUGGGGACGGACGCCAUCCCAUUGAUCAAGAAUGAGUUGGCUGAGCUUGGGAACGACCUGGCGCGCUACGAGUCAUGGUCGGACGAUGUUGUGCUCACGCCUGGAGAGGGCUCUGCGCCUGAAACUAUCUGA